AUGGACUAUUUCAUGCACGAAAACCCAUUUGAUGAAGAUCUGAUAUAUGGUUUAGCUAUUAAAACAACUCCGCUAUCGCAUUUGCUGAGACAGAGCAGAGUGUUUGAACCUGGUAAAUUUAGAGAAGUGGUCGGGUACGAGGCUCAGCUACAACUGAAAGAAGACUUCAAACCUGUGUUCCGGAAAGCAAGGACUGUUCCGUACGCUCUGAAGGAACGUAUCGAGGAGACGAUCGACAAGAUGGUUGCAGACAAGAUUCUGACUCCAGUUGAUCACAGUCAGAUCGCUUCACCGAUUGUGCCAGUUCUAAAACCUGAUUCCGCAGUUCGGAUCUGCGGAGUACUCUGA